CAUUGAAAUCUCCAUAAUUUGGAAAUUUAACUCUGCAGCAUUUUAAUUGUGAGUCUUCCCGUUAAGAAUUUUCUUUUGUGGAAUGUUAUAAAGUAGGGUGAAAGUAUUAUUUUCAAUUAUAGAAAUUUAGAUUUUCCUUGGAGGAAGUCAAAGAGUGGGACUGUCGAUCGCAAAGUGUGCUCUAUAUAUAGUUGUCAAACAAUGUAUUGUCGUUUUAUGAUUUUGUGUCAUUAACAAAGUGGCCGUCCCGGCGGAUUCUCAAUUGGGGGCGCCAAAAUUUAUCCGCGCGCAGCCUAUUGGUCCAAAUUAUGGUGUAUGAAUAAUUAAUCCCAUUAGAGUUGAUUGAUUCGUCCGUGCGUGACAGCAAUAGACAGACAAGUGUCAUAUUCCAUCGUUCCAUUCCUUGGAGAUCAAGAAGGCCUUGUGUUUACGGUUAAGAUUCGCCACACUUUCUGCGUUGGUCGACGCUUUAUCCAGCAAAUUUUAAGAAAAUCAGGUUCAUCUCUAAACAACGUUGAAUUUAACAAAGUUUUGGAGAGGCAAAGACGAAGUUCGGAGCGCGCUUUUCUGUAAAAUAGUUCGACAAACUUCUGUCGUCAUGGCGGAGGAUGAGAGAAGACGUCCCAUGAUUGGAGCGAUGUUCCGUGGACCAGGGCCGGCGGCUUACCAGCUACCAGGAUCAACAGGCUACAUUGGACACGACUACACAAAACACAAGAAGGCAGCUUACAGUUUUGGCUCUCGAACGUGGAAAAAUCAGCAAUCGCUGGGGCCAGGACCGAAGUACAGGAUUACAGAUGUGACACGCUUCGGCCCCGAAGGCACUCCGAAAUAUACUCUCAAAUCUCGCACAAACUCACAAGGAAAAUUUCAGACGCCAGCUCCAUGGGAUUAUCAAGCUGAGAAGAAUCCUGUUCAGAAGCAUCCCUUCCCUCCACAUUAUUCAUUUGGACUGCGCACACCCUACGGCAAAAACGACAACAAUCCAGCUCCAAAUAACUACAACAUGCCUGUGAUUCUUGGCCCCAAGUCUGUGGGAAAGAAGUCCUCAGCUGCUUUCUCCAUGACAAGUAGAUCAAAGAUUGGAAGUUUUCAUGAGGAUUUGCAAAAGACCCCGGGACCAGGCACAUAUAAAGUGAUUGACCCGAAUAUCUACAAAGAUAGGAAGCCAAUCUUUUCAAUGAAUGCUCGUAACUACGCACCUGGCGAUAGAACCUUGAAACCAGGACCUGGAGCUCAUAGACCAGAAAUGUUCUGGGUACACAGGAAGAAAGCUCCCAGUUUUCAUUUUGGUAUCAGGCAUUCUGAGUACAUUGCACCACUGAUUGUGGAUCCUAUUGAUUAACUCAGAUUUCCUGCCCUUUCUUAUGAUUACAGUCUAGUUCCAGAAUAUAAACCAUAUCCCACUCCCUCAAUAAAUCACUUGGGCACCAUCCACACUACACCAGGAGAAAGUUGAAAACGUAGCUUUAUUUAGCCUCCGAACAGAUUCCUGGCGACGAUGGAAAAAAAAUUUGGCCAGCACAAAACAGAAGAAUGAGCAAAGCAAUCGGGUGGGACACGCUCACUGGGAGCCUGUUCGCAAGCUGAGCUUUAUUCCACAGUAGGCCAGCUUUUCUAAAACGAUCCUCAGACAGACAGAAUUUGAAAAUGCUGGCUUUGUGUUUAAGAGUGAAUGGAAAACAUUUGAAAACGGAGCUUUUCCAAAACAAUGACUUCAUGAUAAUUAUGUGAUGUCCCUGUUUGGUUUAUGGUUUAACUUUCUGGAACAAGACAUCUGUUAAAAAAAAAAUCACCAUUCAUUCAGUUAUAAUUUAACUACCGUCAAUCAAAGUUAAUGUUGAUAUAAUUUGCGAAAGAAUAUUUUAAGAAUUUGUUGCUUUUUAACCUAGGUGUACGAUUUGUACCUGAAAGAAUAGACAACGAAGUAAACAGUUGAAGGCCGUUUGGAGCAAAAUGUAAUAUAUAUACAACUGUUGUCAUUUCUGUCUCUCUUUAGGGUAUAUUUCGGAUACAGCUCAUGCACUGAAACUGAAAAUUCAAAGAAUUAACUGAAAUGUCUGCUUGCAAAAUAGUUGCAAAAUAAACAGCACUACUCAGUAGCUUUCAUUUGAAUGGUCGCACAGUAGGGUUUCAUCCACCUUGUACAGCAUAAUAAACCGUACCACAUGAAAGUACUGCUUAAUAGCUUUGAAUUGAAUGGUCGCACACUAGACGUUUAUCCGAAGACUGAAACAUUAGGAGCAGCCCAGUUUUGUCUCUGAAACUGUCUGUUAAAGCCAAUAUUAAUUUUGUAAAUAUUUUAGAUGUCUGAUUGUUAAGUAAUACUUUACGUAAAUCUCUAUGGAACUAACAAAAAAGGAAAUUAAACAAACGACAGGGAUUUCUCCAACAAUUAUCUCAAAUCCAAAAGUAAACCUUUUAAGAUCGUUAAUACAUUAUUUUUAUUUUUUUUUUAACCACAAGUGUUGGUGGUUGUUUAAGCUCUUUGCUGCCUUUUGUAGUUAAUCUAAUUUAUGUUGUAUGGUUCAGUCUUUAACACAGUCCUUUAGCCAUGUAGUAAAGAUAUUUUAGAGUCUUUAUUUUUAUCACGAGAGUGCUACAGCUUUGUGUAUAAAGAAAGCUUUAAUGGUUGUGUGCACGUAAUAAAUUUUUAUUGAAAGUCA